UGAUACUGAAUGAGACAAAACGUAAACACAAACAUCUGACCACCUGCUCUCGCUAUCUGCCGCUAAACAUUCGUCGCUCACUUCGAAACUUUGUAUUUCUCAGCUCAAAAUGCCAAAGAGGAAGUUAAAAGAAGAAGAUGAUGAUGAAAACCUUUGGUUGAAUGCUGCAGGUGGCUCCUCAAAAAUAAUUGACCCUGAAAAGAUCAAGAAACACACUCUUGACUCUGAUGAAGAGGACAGCGGCGACGAUGAACAGAAGUACAAAAUUCUUGCUUCUGAUGAUAUUGCAGGCCAAGAGGAAGGCACUGCUCAAUUUGAAGGUGGAGUGCAAAUUACUCCUUUUAAUAUGAAAGAAGAACUGGAAGAAGGCCACUUUGAUGGAGAGGGCCACUAUCAUUUUAAAAAGGAGAGCAAGGAGGACAGAGACAACUGGCUUGAUAAUAUUGAUUGGGUCAAGAUCCGUCAAAGUGAAGAAGAUAAGAAUCUGCAAAGAGGCGGAAACAGCAGUGACGAGGAUGACUUGAAGCCUUUUGACAUUACUGAAGGAUAUCGAUUGAUUCUAGCUCACCUUAAGCCAAAAGAGACCGUGGCAUCCGCCCUGCGCCGUUUAGGCAGUGGUCAGUCUUUAUCCGCAUCUCAGAAACUAAAAUUGAAGAAAAUGGGCAAGAGCGUAGACACGUCAGCUGGAGACAAGACUGCUUUUUUGGCGUUAACUGAGUGUGCAAACAACAUGUUGAAUGCGACAGGAAACAUGAAUGUGUACCAAGAAACAUUUGAGCAAAUAUCUGCAGUUGUCAAAAAGGCAGACGACAAGAAAGCGAAAACAGAAGACCCGCUUGAUAUUUUCGCAGACAACUUCGAUGAGAAGGAAAAAGAACGAAUGGAAACAACUUCCGCUGAGGAAGAUGACAAGGAGAAAGGGAAGGAAUCGCCAAAAGACGAAGCUGGAACUGAUGUGGUUGAAUGGGAGUUUAAAUGGACAGAGAGCAGUGAAGAAAUCCAUGGGCCACAUACAUCAGAGCAGAUGCAAUCUUGGGUGGAAGAAGGCUACUUCAAGGACACAGUGUGUGUCAGAAAAGUUGGCAGUGGUAGCAACUUUUACUCCGCUCGAAGAGUAGAUUUUGAACUUUAUAUCUGAAGUUGAGAACCAUAAUAUUGGUUGUCAAAAAAUUGCCACUUCUGCUCUUUAGUCGUGUCAAGUUGAUAAUCCAAACAUCUCCUUGGAGGAAUCCUUUAAAAUAAUAAUAUUAAUAUUUUCAGAAUUCGUUUUUUAUCCAAAUUUCUUGCUUUGUAUAUUGAUUGCACUGAACUAUCGGGUAGUCUCGCCUGAAACAUUGGCUUCCAAACAAGUUGAAAUAAAGAUGACCCACUUCAUGUGAGGCGUCAGUGUUAUCUUUCUCCAAA